AUGGUAACUCCAGUUUUCACCGGACGAAAAAGGAUCCACAAGUCGAGCUCAAAAUACCAAAAACUGUUCAAGGUCAUCCAUGGAGAGGAACUGAAGUACGUUUGCUGCCAGUGUGACUGUGAGAGUCAUGAUCGGUCUGAGCUGAUAACGCAUAUCCGCAGAUACCACAUCCAGCAGCUGUCUUGUCCAACGUGCGGUGAAGUCUUUACCGACAUAAAACAGCUACAGGAACACAAAACCCAACCGCAUGAAGCGAAGUAUUCGUGUGAACCAUGCGAUUUGAAAUUCACAAAAAAAAUACUGCUGACAAAACACAACAAACAUCACCAUGGUCUCGAAAAAUGUUAUUUUUGUCCCAAAAUAUUGUCGAAAGUGGAAGUAAAGAAUCAUGUGGAGGACGUCCACAAAGACAUUCCGACAUGCGGAGUGUGUGGUUUGAAAGGACUAACGGAAGGCGCGAUAAUAAGCCACCAACGGAAAGUUCACUUGAAAGAGAAAAACAAGACGUGCUCUAUUUGUAAAUUCCAAUGCUACGGUUCCACGCAAAUGAAGAGACACAUGAUAAGACAUAAAGUUGACAAGGUGUACACGUGCAGGUUUUGUAAGAAGACGUUCCCGCGGCCGACGACGUGUCGGAUACACGAGAUGAUACACACAGGGGAGAAAAAUAAAGUGUGUGAAGUGUGCGGCGCCAAGUUUGUUCAGAAAGCUAGCCUCAACUACCAUAUGUUGAAACAUCAUCCUGAUCAUCACAAUUAG